CAGUCGCAGCGUCCAGAUUCAAACUUGUCGGCGGUUAAGAAGAACGGCAGCAAGCGAGGAGGGCACAAGGCAUACAGAAACGAACUAAAAUUAAACUAAAUACAAGAUGUCUAAGACUUUGAAAGGAAUCACGCUGAAGGGGAGUGCAGAACUCGUUGCUGAGUUUUUCUCGUUCGGUAUCAACAGUAUCUUGUACCAGCGAGGAAUCUACCCAGCAGAAACCUUCACCAGAGUUACACAAUAUGACAUGAGCCUUCAACUGACCACAGAUGCAAAGCUGAAGAACUACCUCACCAAUGUCAUCUCACAACUCAAAGAAUGGUUGUUUGAUUGCACAGUUCAGAAGCUGGUGGUGGUCAUCACAUGCCUGGAGACUAAUGAGGUGCUGGAGCGAUGGCAGUUUGAUAUUGAGUGUGACAAGACGGCAAAGGAGAGCAGCGCACCCAGGGAGAAGUCCAUAAAAGCUAUCCAAGAGGAAAUCCGUUCUGUUAUCAGACAGAUCACUGCCACAGUCACCUUCUUGCCGUUGUUAGAAACCGCCUGUGCUUUCGACCUUCUGAUCUACACAGACAAAGAUCUUGAGGUACCUGAGCAAUGGGAGGAAUCUGGGCCUCAACUAAUUGACCAAUCAGAAGAGGUCCGCUUGCGUUCCUUUACUACUACUAUUCAUAAGGUGAAGAGUAUGGUGGCCUACAAGAGGACAAACUCCACAUGAUUUCUCUUUUUUUAUAUUGUGUUCUGGUCUAUUUUUUUUUUUGUGUUUUGUGUUCAACUUUCCAGCCUUGUGUAUAUAUCUAUAUAAAGCUCAUUUCUUAUUUGUUGUAAUUUUAAAGAAUGUAUUUCCUAAUUCAAAAAAUACAUUUCUUGUUUCCAAGAUUGUAUUCUUGAUUUGUUUCUUUGAUAUUUUGCAGUAGUUAUUCUCUAGAUGGCGACAAAAUCUAGGUUUACUUUUCCUUGUGUGAAUUGCACAGAGCGUGUUAAGAACGCAUCUGGGUCUGUUUUUCAACCCAAAUCCAAGAGACUUUGUUUCCUUUAAUAUUAGGCAUAAUCUUUUUUACUACUGCAUUAUUAGUACUGCAUUGUUAUGGCAAUAUUGGUUCUACCUUUAAAAAAAAAAAAAAGUAAAAACUAUACCUACAUAAUGAUUCUCAUAACUGUAUGGAGAAUCAUCAUUGAUAAUUGCAAAUGAAAACAUACAUGCUAUGUAAUGUUUUAAGAUAAGCCUUGUAUGAGGACUGAAUCUACUUAAACCACAUGCUUAGUGUAGCUCUUAUAUUUAGUGAAGGUUUUUUAUUUUGUAUAGCAGUGUUGCAUUAAUUACCAACAUUGAAAAGAGUGUAGAAGGGUGACACAAAUAAAGGGGAGUAGUGUCUCAAUUAUGUAAAUUUGGAGCAGAAUAAAGGAUGUAAAUGUGUUUCAUCUGAAGCAGGGUGGCACAUUCUGCUUUGAACCUGUCA